CACGAACCGAAUCAGUCUUUGCUCGAAAUUCAAUAAAAAUAGACGAAAAUGCGCUUAAUUUUUAAAUUUCUUAUAGCUUUUUCUGCUAUUGCUGCAGUUUUCACCGAGGAUGACGGUCAUCAUCCACAUUUCAAAACUGUUCCUGCGAAAAAUGCCGAGGAAACUACGUCUGAAUUUUGGUACAAAUCCGCUCAAAAAGUGUUGAGCGAAAAAUUGAAACAAAAGUUGAAUGAAAAUGAGGCGAAAAAUAUCAUCUUUUUCAUCGGCGAUGGCAUGGACUUCCCCACGACAGCUGCUACUCGCAUGUAUUUGGGAGCAGAAGAGAAUGAAUUGUCCUUUGAAAAAUUCCCGCAUUUCGGAUUGAGUGUCAAUUAUUGCGUUGAUCGUAAAGUACCUGACUCUGCAUGCUCCGCCACGGCAUACUUAACGGGAGUUAAAGCCAAUUACGGAACCAUCGGCGUAAAUGCAAAUGUCAAGCGAUAUGACUGUAAAGCCGCCAUGGAUGCCAAAAGUCAAACGGAAUCGAUCGUGAGAUGGGCUCAAAAUGCAGGAAAAGCUACAGGAUUUGUUACUACGACUAGAGUGACCCAUGCCACCCCCGCUGGCGUCUAUUCCAGCAUCGCCAAUCGUUACUGGGAGAACGAUGUUGAGGUCAAAAAAUCCAAUUGUGAUGCCAAAGUCACGGACGACAUCGCAGAACAACUCAUCAAUGGCCCAACUGGCUCCAAUUUGAACGUUAUCAUGGGUGGCGGACGCAAAAUGUUGCUCGACAAAUCCAUGAAAGACGACGAAGGUGUCAACGGGGAACGUUCUGAUGGCCAAAACUUCAUCGAAACCUGGCAAAAAUUGCAAGGCGAUCAAAAACGUAAUUUUGAAUAUGUUUGGAACAAAACGGCAUUAAACAAAGUGGAUUAUGACAACACAAAUUACUUGAUGGGACUUUUCGAGGCGGAUCAUUGUCGUUACAACUUGGAUAUCAAAAAAGAAAAUUUGAAGGAAGAACCAACGUUGACGGAAAUGGUCGAAGCUGCCAUUAAAGUGUUGAAAAAGAACAAAAAUGGAUAUUUCUUGUUUGUGGAGGGAGGUCGCAUCGAUACGGCUCAUCAUGAUGCCUUUGUGCAACACGCUCUCGAAGAAACUGCGGAAAUGGCGCGUGCUGUGGACAAAGCGUUGAGCAUGACGAAUGAGACGGAUACACUUGUCGUUGUAUCAGCGGAUCACGGACAUACUUUGACUUAUAAUGGAUAUGCGCAACGUGGUAACGAUAUCUUGGGCAUCGCUGGCACCAGUGACGAAGACGGCAUCCCAUACACAACACUCAGUUACGCCAAUGGUCCCGGAUACAAAAACACGUACAACGAAGGUGCCGGCGGCCGAAAAGACCCCUCAACACAAGACUUGAAAGCCUUGGAUUUCAGUUUUCCCGCCACCGUCCCAUUGGAAGUUGAAAGUCACGGAGGUGCUCAUGUCGGUGUCUGGGCCAAAGGACCAUUUUCUCACAUUUUCGUCGGAAAUUACGAGCAAAAUGCAAUUCCUUACUUGAUGGCAUAUGCCGGAAAAUUGGGACCUUAUUCCACGGGCAGCGCCUUCAUUUCCGUUGCUUCACCAUUUUUGCUUUUAAUUGCCGUUUUCACUUCCGUCAGACACUUGUUGAUGUAA